UAUCCUGUCGGAGAAGGAUGAUAAGCUCUGCGACUUGAACAGGAAACAGCUCAAGAAGCAGAACCUGAAGAAUGGGGGGUUCAAUCUUCACUCACUCCCUCGUUCUCUCACACUCUUCUUCUCCUUCUCUCUCCACUCUCUUCUCAUCCAAACACCCCAUAAUUGAUUCUACUCCUUCUACCUUUCUCUUCAACCGAUUCCAUUGCAAACUCACUUCUUCAUGGCCUUCAGCUCCUCGCAGUUACUCCUGCUCUGUAAAAAAGAUGAAAGCCUUGGGAAUUCAGCUAACAGGAUCAGCUUCACAUGGAUACCAUCUUGAUGCAAUGAAGAGCAGGAUUGUUCUUCAGAUGUUUCGGAGGGCAAUGCCAAUGGACACCCUUAUCUCAAAACAAUCUGAGGCGAACGACUUUACAACCACUCAUCUUGAAGAUUGGGGAAGGCCAUCCACAUGGGUUUCAGCAUUCUUGUUUGGACAAACUAUAUCAUUGAUUUCUCCUGAUGUUUCAUAUGCAAGCAGCUCUGUGAAGAUAAAUGAGAUAUAUGAGGUUGGAGAAUUGUUUGAUUUAGGGAUCCAACUAAUAUACUUGAUAUUGUUAUUGAGUUUGCUAGGGUUUGGGACUUUCUAUGUGAUCCGCCAAGUUCUUGUCCGGAGAGAACUUGACCUUUCUGCCAAAGAGCUGCAGGAACAAGUAAGAAGUGGUGAUGCAAGUGCAAUUGGACUUUUUGAACUUGGAGCAGUGAUGCUUCGGAGGAAAUUCUACCCAGCUGCUACCAAAUACUUGCUUCAAGCAAUUGAGAAAUGGGAUGGAGAAAACCAGGAUCUUGCCCAGGUUCACAAUGCUCUCGGUGUCAGCUAUGUCCGCGAUGGGAAGCUUGAGAAGGGAAUUGCUCAGUUUGAGACAGCUGUGAAGAUUCAACCAGGGUAUGUCACAGCAUGGAACAAUCUUGGUGAUGCUUAUGAGAGUAAAAAGGAUUAUAAGUCUGCUCUCAAGGCAUUUGAAGAAGUUCUACAGUUCGAUCCCAACAACCAGAUUGCUCAGCCGAGGAGAGAUGCUUUGAAGGACCUUGUUCAAAUGUACAAAGGAGCUCCUGUCAAAUACAAUGAGAAGAAAUAAAUUUCGUUGUAUCAACUGACACUACUAAUAUUGUAGACUUGAGUACACAGUUUUGAAUAACUUGAUUGUUUGUUCAAAGGAAAAUUGUUUUAUUGA